CAAUUUUAUUACCAUGUGCACAUGUACUUGUACUUCUAAAUCUACUGUGCCAUCCAUCUGGCUAGCCAUCCGUACAUGUUCUGUACAAGAUCAAGAUUGUUGAAGAAAGUCACUGUCCUGGCCAGAGCUUAUGCUAGAAGCAGGAUCAGCAGAAAACUAGCUAUGUGCUCAGGAGAAAGAGACAAACAAUACAAUGAGGCAGUGGAGACUCUGAAUGGUCUACAGACAAAUGCAUCUGUUUUAGAGAAGGUAAGUAAGUCUGCAACAGGCCAGAGGAGGUCGCGAGAGCUGCACGAGGUGGUAACUUUUCUGAAACGUAUUGGACUGGAAACCUCAAACCUGGAUCAAUUAAACGCCAUUCAUGUUACGGGAACCAAGGGAAAGGGGUCCGUGUGUGCAAUGUCUGAGAGAAUACUGAGGGCGUAUGGUCUGAAGACAGGAUUCUACUCUUCUCCCCACCUGCGGGAGGUUAGAGAGCGUAUCCGCCUCAAUGGCCGACCACUGUCCAAGCCACAGUUUGUGGAGAACUUUUGGGAGGUGUACAACAAGCUGAGCAGCUCCAAGGAGGAUUACGGUGGAGUCAUGCCUCCUUACUUCAGGUUUCUCACUGUCAUGGCAUUUAACGUCUUCCUCAAAGAAAAAGUUGAUGUGGCAGUCAUUGAAGUUGGUAUUGGUGGAACAUUCGACACUACAAAUGUUAUUCCCAACCCUGUGGUGUGUGGUAUAGCCUCGCUGGGUCUAGACCAUGUGGAAUUGCUCGGGGACACACUGGAGAAGAUAGCGUGGCAGAAAGGUGGUAUCUGUAAGCGUGGACACCCAGCCUUCACCAUGCCCCAGGAUCCGGGGCCACUGGGAGUGCUGCAGGAGAGGGCUAAGGAACUAGAGGCAUUGCCACUGGAGGUUGCUCCUGAGUUGGGAGAGUAUCCUGGAGAGGAACCAGUGCUGGCCCUUGCUGGAGAGCAUCAGAAGAUGAAUGCCUCUCUAGCUGCGCAGCUCUGUCGUAGCUGGCUACAGAUCAAAGGGAUGUGGUCUGACCUUGGUCAAGAUGCUCAGGCUGAGAAGAGGCAUCUCCAUGGAGUUCCAGUGGCCCAACCAUUUCCACUUACCCCUCAGUUCUAUGAAGGUCUUCGUGAGGUUAGGUGGCCUGGUAGAAACCAGAUCAUCAAGAGAGAAAGAGUCACUUACUAUGUAGAUGGGGCACACACUCCUAAAAGCAUUGAGACUAGUGCAGAGUGGUUCAUGGAAGUGUCUGCAAAAGAGGCUGAAGCACUGACAGAGUCUACGGUGAGAGUGUUGAUAUUCAACAUCACUGGCAAGAGGAUCAACAGAACUGACGUGUUCCUACGGCCGUUAGUAGACUGUGGAUUUGACUAUGCUCUGUUUGCUCCCAAUAUCGCUGAUGUGGAUGGAGCUCAUUCUGCAGAUCAGACAAACUUGACAGUAACUAAGGACACGAUGCUAGACUGUGUGAGGAUGAAUGAGUCAACAUGGAGAAAGCUGGCUACUGAACAAUGCGUCAAGAAUGGACAAUCACAUAACCUGGAUGACAAUACAUACCACAAUGAUCAUGUGGCUACUUCUGACCAAUUGAAAACUCGAGUGUUUGCUAGUCUAAGAGAAGCAGUGAACUGGUGUACAGUUGAUUGUCAUGGAGAAUAUUACCCGCAAAACCUUAAAGACUCGUCUAUUCAUGUUCAAGUAUUAGUAACUGGCAGUUUACAUUUAGCAGGAGCUUUUAUGAGUGUAUUGGACAUCAAUGUUGAUGAAAGUUGAUUGUAUCAUUAUUUUGCGGCCAUCAUCUGAGACCCACUAUUAAUAUUCUCAUUAACACUCUUUACCUA